AUGGCUCCGGCGAUGGGGCUCAAGCGGCCGGCGGCGGCGGCGGCGACGGCCACGCAGACCAUCACGCUGCCCCCGCAGGGGGUCGCCGUGAGGGACGCGGUGCGCGGCGCCCUCAGGGACGCCGAGCUGCCCCCGAGGGCGCCGGCGACGCCGGCGCCGGCCCCCGCGGCCGCCGUGGACGGGGUCCUGUGCUUCGAGGAGGUGGAAGGCAGGCGGUGGAGCUACGUCGUCGAGGGCGCCGCGUCCUCCGCCGGGAAGACGGGGAGGGUCAGCGCCAGGGCCAGGGGCGGCUCCGCUGCGCCGGUGGGGGCCACCUUCAGGGCCGUGCCGCUCCAGUCCCCGCUGCCGCCCGCCGAGGAAAUUAUGUCCUUCAUAAGGUCAUAUGUUGUGCCUGAAGGUUUUCCAGACAGCGUGACUCCUUCAUAUGUUCCAUACAUGACAUGGAGGGCACUGAAGCAUUUCUUUGGCGGCGCAAUGAGUGUAUUUACAACAAGAGCCUUGUUAAACUCCGUAGGAGUCUCACAAAGCAGGGCUACGUCUGGUGCUGUGGCUAUUAACUGGAUACUCAAGGAUGGUGCUGGGCGUGUCGGAAAAAUGCUUUUUGCGCGUCAAGGGAAGAAAUUCGAUUAUGACCUAAAGCAGCUCCGCUUUUCUGGGGAUCUCAUGAUGGAACUAGGAGCUGGGAUAGAGUUAGCUACUGCUGCGUUCCCUCAACUUUUCCUACCGUUGGCUUGCAUGGCAAACGUUGUCAAGAAUGUUGCUGCUGUUACAUCGACCUCAACCCGCACACCGAUUUACAAGGCAUAUGCAAAAGGAGAAAAUAUUGGAGAUGUUACUGCUAAAGGAGAAAGUGUUGGGAACAUCGCUGAUCUGUUGGGCACUGGUAUGAGCAUUCUAAUGUCCAAGAGGAAUCCAUCAUUGGUGGCUUCAUUUGCAGUCUUGUCUUGUGGAUAUCUGCUUAGUUCAUAUCAGGAGGUGAGAUCUGUUGUGCUGAACACGCUAAAUACGGCAAGAUUCACUGUGGCAGUGGAUUCCUUCAUAAAGACUGGGCAUGUUCCUUCAUUGAAGGAAGGGAACUUAGAGGAGACAAUAUUUAAUCCGCCUUGGAGGCAUCAACCUGUGGCCAUAGGAUCAAGAUUUGGAGAGGCAUUUCAGGAACCUGCUUCAUUUGUUGCUACAAGGCCUUUGUUUGAGGUACUAUCUUGUUCGGAUGAGAGGUACAUUGUUACGUAUAACCCUGCAAAGGACAAGGUUUAUGCUUUGCUCAAGGACCAAGCAAAGCAAGAUGACAUUCUCAAAGCUGCCUUCCAUGCACAUGUGUUGCUGCAUUUUAUUAAUGCGUCACAUGCUAAUCUGAAAGCACGGAAGCGCAUGAACUCUGAUCAGGGGUCAUACCACUAUGUGAACCCAAACCCAUUGAACAUGGACUUUCUAGCACACAUUGAAGAAUCUUGCAAGAUUGUUACAUCGUCGUAUGGAGUAUUCAAGAGGAAAGCAAGAGAACAGGGAUGGAUAAUGUCUGACUCGCUACUGAACCCUGGCCGUGCCCGGCUGUGUGGAGUAGCACCAGUGAUAUAA